AUGGCUUUCCAACCAACUCCAAUGGACAUCUCUGUCCAAAUUACCAAUGCCACAGUUGCCAAAAGUGCUGGACCGGCCUUCGUCACUGAACGCCGCAUCACGCCCACAUGGACGGUGCUGCAAGUCAAGUCCAAGCUGGAAACCAUGACUGGUGUCCCACCAUCUAACCAGCGUCUUCUUGUUAAGGUUCCUGGAAGACCGGAUCAGUGGGCUGAUGGAGACGAGAGGAUUAUUGGGGAGUGGGGAAUUGUGAAGGGGUCUGAGAUUGAGGUCCACGAUACUCGCCCUCAAACUAUGAGAGUGAACUUCACCGAUCUCUCCUCAGUAGAAAAAUACGAACUCCCAACAGAGACGUAUGAAAACCUCUCAAACUCCGUUUUGGCAUGGAAGAAGAACCAGAAACUUGGUCGCUUUGAUCCGAAUGCCCUUUCUCCUGAGGAAUCUCUGCGUAUGCAGGUUCAAAAGGAUACGAGUGAAGUUGUUUCUAAAGGUAUUGCUGUGUCAAAGAGAGCUAUUAUCCUCCCCUCUUCUCCACCGCAUAUUAGACGUGGAACUAUCCGUUUCGUUGGUCCCGUACCCUCAAUCCCUAUUACAGGACCGGGUCGUGAACUCGAGAAGGAGGGUGAACUUCCCGUUGAGUUGCAGCCUAUCUGGGUUGGUAUUGAACUGGAUGAACCCACUGGAAAGAAUGAUGGGAGUGUUAAUGGGAAACGCUAUUUCGAGUGUCUUGAUAAAUGCGGUGCGUUCGUGAAGCCGGAGAAGAUUGAAGUCGGUGAUUUCCCGCCGCUGGAUCUGGAUGAUGAGUUGGAUGAAUUGAUGGAGGAGAUUUGA